AUGUCUGGUAAUAACAAGAAAGGAACUCCACAAAGGAAACAACACGCUGUAUCAUCUCCAUCUCAUCCUAAACAAAGAGUGGAAGUAUUCAGCCCAUCUGAUUCAUCUUCAUCAGCUACCGACACAACAGCUAGAAUUUAUGCUGAUGGUGAUUCUACUACUACAUAUCAACAAAGCCAAGACCGUAUCGCCAACCCUGAAAACCAAAAUUCCGGUCUUGUAUCUUCAGGUGCUGCGGCUCUCGCUAAUGCUCUUAAUCUUAAACAAUCUGAUUCGAACAACAAUUUCGGUACUGGUAAAAGAGAGAGAGAUUCUGAAGGUAUUUCAUUGAAAGAGUACCUACGUGAUUGCUAUCAAUCAAUCACUGGAGAAUCAAUUAAUGACGAGUUAUCUUCAGAUGAUAUAUUUGAGUUGAUAUUGUCAACUUCUAAUGAACAAUAUUCAGCUGACUCUGAAUUCAAGAAUAGAAUGGCUUUUCUACAAAGAGUGUUCAGAGAAGAAGUUGACGCCCCUGUUCCUGAUGUCUAUGGUGGAAAAGAAUUUAGAAGUAAAGGUUAUCCUUUACUACUUGCCCAAUCUCACAUUAUUGUACAAGUUUGUAAAAGAUUGAGAAAUGUUUCAAUGACGAAAGUUGCACCAUCAGGAAGUGAGUAUGAGGAACAGACAACUCCAUCCGUUGUGGCUAUCAAAGAACCACUCAAUCCAAAGACACAGCCGCGUACUUGCUGCACAGGUAUUAUUCGAGUGAAUACUAAGAAACGGGAUAGCGGGAAAGCCAGUCUAACGGAAUCCGUUUCAAAUAAGAAACGGUAG